UAGUGAAAUGGUCUGUUUACAUACGCCUACAGUGCGGUGCCGAAUUGCGCGCACGUUUCGAACCACUCGCACAGGUGUUUCUUCGAGACAGUGGCGUCCCGCCAUGCGCCGUUGUUCUAGUUUGGCUGUGCUCGAGAUUCUAGGUGCCUAUUUGGUGUUUUUUUUGUCAUAUUGACCGGAUGUGAUGGUCGCCCGCAUGAGAACUCGUCCCAGCAUUAUGCCAAGCGAUGGAAAGGCUUGAAAUCAAACUCUUAUUUUUAGCGCAUCCUUUCGAUUACUUUCUUCAUGCCUAAUUGUAAUGCUUCUGCAGAAUGAAUCUUCUCUAACAUUUACUCGCACACCAUCAAACGUGCAUGCGCAUCCAAGUUGCCAAACCAUUUCCAUCAUUUUUUCUAUUGCGCAGGUGUCAAAUCGUUAGAGAUAAGCUCACCUGUAUGGUAUACCCACUUCACAUGAAAAUUACUCUAAAUGUGUUAUGGCUGGAAAUACGACAAUUCGAGUUGGGUGCACAACAUAAAGGAAAAGCAUAUCGUUGUUGAAUUGGAGAAUGGUUGCGUUUGUGAAAAAAUCAACCCAAAAACCUACGAUGGACCGGCUGGAAAUCGAAUAACCGGCUACCGUUCGGACCCGUGCAAUCUGGACAAUCGACGUUCUAGUGUACUCUGUGGUGUAGUGACGGGAAAAAUUAUAGUAAGUCAUUUUUUGUGUACUCACAUUCCACUGGACCAUUUAUGGCAGACCGUUUGUCAGAUUACGUCACCGAUUACGCAACCAUCAAAAAUUCUACAAGUCUACCGAUUUCUUCAAGUAAAUGGUGACCUUUUUCUGUUGGUGACUGAACAUCAAAAUGGAAAAGCUGACAUUAAGGCCAGGCUUCCUGGUGUGCACGGAUACGCGCAGAUACGCGUCAAGCGCAAUCCAAGCACGAAGCCACCGACUGCUAAUCGGCCGAAAUCCUGGAAACCAUGUAGUGCUGGCGGACGCGGCAGCAGAACCUCUUCACUGCAAGAUUUAUCGUAAAGGGAAAACGAUCAUGAUCCGCAACUAUUCGAAUGCCAAUCCCAUCCGUUUGAAUGGGUUCAAAAUGUACGGCGAAAAACCACUCGCCGACUUUGACCUUAUCCACGUGUCGGUAUACCAGUUUAUCUGGCAUUACUUUGUUCCUCCCUUGCAAAGGGUACGGUGGAUUCCAGCCGACGAUGAUGGUGAUCUUCCGCUGAAUCGCAUUAAAGCAUAUUUGACGUGUGAUGCGCAUGGCAAUGUUACGAUUGCAUAUUUCACCAGCGGCCAAUUACCACCACCGAUCACGCUCGGCUAUGAGGAUUUGGUGAUGGACGAGGAGGCACUCGUUCGUCUGAUGACUGCCAAAAACAUCCGGCUCGAGGAAGAGCGGGAGAAGGAGCGGUACAGCUUGCUAAAGUACGCAGGAGAGCCCAACCGUCGCUUGUUGGCCAUUACUGAUCCCGCACACGAACGGAAACCCGAGGAUGUCAAAGAAGCAGACUCGGUGCCGAUCAAUGGCGCGGAGUGCAAGCAGGUCGCUAGAAAAGGCGUCGAGAGCGUUGGAGAGGGCAACAAGGCGGAACCUGCUGAAGAAGCGGAUGGCCAACAGGUGGACGAGGAAGACCAGGCCAGAGAAAGAGAGGCAAUGUUUGACCGCAUGGAUGUUCCCUGCGCAUUCGGGGACGUUUCAGAGAGUAUUGAAUUUUUUUACGCUACCUACGAACUUGACGUCGACUACGCUGGCAGCGACGUGGAAAUGGAAGCAGAAAAGAAGGAGGAGAAGGAGGAUGACAGCCACGGUUUUAACUGGGAGGACUAUGAGAUGGCUUAUUUAGAGCACGGUGGGAACCAUUACGAGCCGCCGAAGCCCAUCCAACCUAAGGAACUGUCCGAAGACGAUUAUUCUGACGAGGAGCAACAAUGCGACUUGCAGCAGGCAUACGACGCACUACCUCUGCCACCGAGCGCACAGCAAGCGGCAGAUUACGUUCGCCUACUGCUGCCAGCGUUAGAUCAGGAUUGCGCAGAUGCCGUUGAGCAGGACGGGAAGCAGGGACCCGAUAUCGAGCAGGUCUAUCUUUCAGAGAAGGAUACACGCACUACUCCACCAAUGCUCUACUUGGAUCCACUCAAAGAGGAAUCCGCCAUGUAGAUCGUUUUUACUGAUGGGACAGGCUACGACUAGCCAAGGAGUAAGAUGUGUCGCGUAAUACGAUAAGUGAUUUGUCAUAAAGCUUCAUCCAUGUUAUCUUAGUAUUUAGAAUCAUGUUCCCACUAUGUUUCGAUUGUUUGUAAAUUGUUACAUUGUUUGAGAUGUUCCUGUAAUAAGCUCCGAAGAAUUUAAUCUUGUAAUAAAACAGGCUAAGCAGGGCAGCUCC